AUGUACUGCACAGUCACUGAAACAGAUGACAAAUGCACAAGCUUCCAUGCCAGAAUGCCAAACCACAAGGAUCAUGUCUGCAGCACUUGGGGAAACAACCACUUUAAGACCUUCGAUGGAGACGUUUAUAAGUUUCCUGGAACUUGUGACUAUAAUUUUGUGUCUGACUGUAAUCAGCUCUAUAAAGAUUUCUCCAUUCAAUUUAAACGUACAAUUUCCAAGGGGCACCCGAAGAUACAUUACAUCACCACAACAAUCAAGGAUAUUGUGAUUUAUAUGACAGCCAAAAUUGUGGUCAUCAAUGGAGCUAUAGUUUCACUCCCUUAUUUUGGAUGGGGUCUGUUUGUAGAGGAAACUGUUCAGUACAUUAAGAUCUAUGGAAAGUUUGGGUUGACUCUAAUGUGGAACAGAGAAGAUGCCCUGAUGGUGGAACUUGAUGUGAAAUUUCAAAAUAGGACUUGCGGGCUCUGUGGAGAUUAUAAUGGCUUUCCUUUAUACAACGAAUUCAUUGCAUAUGGGCGGCAAGUUUCACCCAUUCAUUUUGGAAACCUGCAGAAAAUCCAUCAGCCGAAUGAGAGAUGUGAAGACGUGGCUGAGCAUGAGAUGGAAACCAACGUUUUAUGUGAACAAUAUAGAGACGCCUGUGAAAAGCUCCUCUCAAGAAGCACAUUUGCAGAUUGCAAAUCCCGCUUAAAUAGUGAACAUUACAUACAGGCCUGCAUGCAGGACAUGUGCACCUGCAGCAACGUUUUAGACUCAUUCUGCUUGUGCAGCACAGUCUCUGAAUAUUCCAGGCAAUGCUCUCAUGCUGGAGGGAAACCAGAAAACUGGAGGACGGAGACAUUUUGCCCAAAGAAAUGCCCUUUAAAUAUGAUCUACAAGGAAAGUGGCUCUCCCUGUAUGAAUAGUUGUUCUCACCUUGACAUAAGCAGCUUGUGUGAGGAGCACUAUAUGGAUGGCUGCUUCUGUCCACCAGGAAUGGUGCUUGAUGAUUACUCUGGGUCUGGGUGCAUUAAUGUGAAGGAAUGCAAAUGUAGAAUGAAGGGCAAACAUUAUGAUCCAGGCACUCAGAUUUCAACAGAAUGUGAAGAAUGUGUCUGCGAUGGAGGUAAAUGGCUAUGCAAAAAUCUACCUUGUCCAGGUGUCUGUUCAUUCGAGGGGGGAGCACAUGUCUCCACUUUUGAUGGCAUGAAAUACAUAUUUCAUGGUGACUGCUAUUACAUUCUCUCUAAGGACUGUGAUACGACACAGUACACAUUGAUGGCAGAAAUAGUUCCAUGUGGAACAAUAGCUACAGAAACUUGCUUAAAAUCACUGGUGUUUACAACUGAUCAUAAGCACAACGUUCUUAUUUUUAAAGAUAAUGGGAAAGUUUUUAUUAAUGGAGUCAAAGCAACAUUACCACUGGUAACAGCAAAUUAUACUGUUUUCAAACCAUCGACAUUCCACAUCCUGUUAGAGACCCAGUUUGGCCUGCAACUGCAGGUCCAAAUAGUUCCUCUGAUGCAAGUCUACAUAACACUGGAGCAAUCAUACAAAGGGAAGACAUGCGGUUUCUGUGGGAAUUUUAAUGACAUUCAGCAUGAUGAUUUCAAGGCAAGCAAUGGUAUAAUUGAGGGGACAGCUGCAUCCUUUGCAAACACAUGGAAAGUCCAGCAGACAUGCUUGGUUAAAUCAGAUCGUCUGGAGAACCCCUGCUCUAUCAGUGUGGAAAACAAAAACUAUGCUGAAUAUUGGUGCUCCCUUCUAAAAGAGCCAGAAGGAGAUUUUGCUCCUUGCCAUUCCACUGUUCAACCAGACGAGUAUUUUAAGAAAUGUAUGUAUGACAGCUGCAACUGUGAUAACAAUGAAGGUUGCAUGUGCGCUGCUCUCUAUUCAUAUGUUCGAGCUUGUGCAAGCAAAGGUGUCAUGUUAACCAACUGGCGGGAAAAAGCGUGCAGCUCUUACUUAAAGACCUGCCCCGAGACGCUAAUAUACAGUUAUGUUAUGAAGAGCUGCAGGCGCACAUGCCUUUCUCUAAGUGAGAGGGAUAUUACGUGUGGGAUUCAACAUGUGCCAGUGGAUGGAUGUGGCUGCGCAGAAGGAAUGUACAUGAAUGAAGAAGGCAGAUGUGUGCCUUCAUCUGAAUGCCCAUGCCUCUAUCAGGGCAACGUCUUGAAUGCUGGAGAGAUGAUUAAUCAAGGCGAUAUACAUUGUGUGUGUCAAGAUGGAAAAGUGCAAUGCAUUACAUCGUUAUAUAGACUACAGAGCUGUUUUCCACCUAAGAUCUAUUUAAAUUGCAAUACUGCAGAGCCAGGCACAACAGGCACAGAGUGUCGUAGGAUUUGUGGAAACCAGAAUCUGGACUGUGCCAUGAUGGCACCGUUUCAGAUUGCACCAUCUCAGCAGUUGCAUGGCCAGUGGCGAAAUGACAUGGAAGGGGGGGCAGGAAUACUGGAAUCCAAAUACAGUGAAAAUUGUAUGUCAGGCUGUGUUUGUCCUGAGGGGAUGCUGGACAAUAGAAAUGGAAGUUGUGUUACUGAGGAUAAGUGCCCCUGUGUGCACAAUGAUUUUCAUUACUCACCUGGAAGCAGAAUCACUGUCGAUUGUAACACUUGCACUUGCCAGAAAGGUAGCUGGGACUGCACAAAUAUUCCCUGCUUUGGAUCAUGUACAAUAUAUGGGAGUGGCCACUACAUCACAUUUGAUGGCAAACGCUACAACUUUGAUGGGAACUGUGAAUACAUUGCUGCCCAGGAUUACUGUGGGAAUAAUAUUACCAACGGCACCUUCAGUUUAAUUACAGAAAAUGUUCCCUGUGGAACAACGGGAACAACAUGUUCUAAAUCAAUCAAACUCUUCUUUGAGAAUUAUGAACUGAAGCUGGCUGAAGGAAAACAUGAAGUAAUACAGCGAAAUGAGAACAAAAAGAUCCCUUUCACUAUCCGCUCUCUGGGCCUUUAUCUGACUUUGGAAGCUAACAAUGGGUUGAUUCUGAUAUGGGACAAAAAGACUAGUGUUUUUAUCAAGUUGAGCCCUUCUUACCAGGGUAAUAUUUGUGGGCUGUGUGGUAAUUUUGAUGGAAACACCAACAAUGACUUCAUGACAAGAAGCCGUUCUGUUGUUACGGAUGUAAUUGAGUUUGGAAAUUCCUGGAAGCUAACUGCUAAUUGCCCGGAUGCUCUGCCUGAUGAAGAUCCUUGUACAAAGAAACCAUACCGCAGAAGCUGGGCACAGAAGCAGUGCUCCAUAAUUACAAGCAAUGUCUUUGCAAAUUGUCACAAAAUGGUUGACCCAAAUCCAUUUUAUGAUGCUUGUGUCCAUGAUUCCUGCUCUUGUGACAGUGGUGGAGAUUGUGAGUGUUUUUGCAUGGCAGUAGCUGCCUAUGCUUUUGCCUGCAAUGAAACUGGGAUAUGCAUUGACUGGAGGACCCCUGAAAUCUGUCCCAUGUACUGCAGUUUCUACAACCCUUCUCCUGAAAUAUGCGAAUGGCACUAUUACCCUUGUGGAUUCCCCUGUUUCAAAACUUGCCUAAACCCACUUGGCCUCUGCAAUGCCACGCUCCAGCUAGAAGGGUGUUACCCCAAAUGUCCAGAGAAUACACCCAUCUAUGAUGAACAUACCAAGCACUGUGUUGCCGAGUGUGGCUGUUAUGAUGAAAAUGGAAUUCAUUAUGAAAUUAAUGGAACUGUCAAUAGCACCAACAACUGUGAAAAAUGCUUAUGCACACCAGAGGCUUGUGUCUGUAUAUACAAUGGCACAGUGUACUAUCCAAAUGACAUUAUCUACAACAUAACAGAUGGCCUAGGAGAUUGCAUAAUAGCACAUUGUGCUGACAAUGGAACAAUUAAUAGAACAAUAACGCCUUGUGGACCAAUUUCUACUCCCACAGCAACACCACUGACUGUUUCUUCAUCAUCGAUCACAACUAGUACAGCUGCUUGUGUGAUAGUGGAACAAUGCGAAUGGACCAAGUGGAUAAGUGUAAGCGAACCUAGCUCCAGUAAUGGGGGAGGAGAUUAUGAAACAUACGAUAAAAUUAAGGUUCAUGGACAUGCACUCUGUGAUGCUCCAAGCAAUAUUGAAUGUAGAGCCAUACAUGCACCAAAUGUAGAACUUGAAGAUCUUGAACAAACAGUGCAGUGUAAUGUCUCCUUUGGGCUCAUAUGCAAAAACAAUGACCAACAUUACAACAAAAAAUGCUAUGACUAUGAAAUACAAGUCCUGUGUUGUGAUUUCAUAUGUAAACAUCCCACAAUGACAAAUGAACCAACAACCACGAGCACUCAUAUUACAACAACGACUCCAACAAUUACCACAACAUCAUAUCCCACAACAUCAACAACAAAAAAAAUCACUCCAAUUUCCACCGCAACUCCAGCAGCAACGUCAACACCAUCUCCAACUCCUCCCACAUCAAUAUCAACACCACAUUCAACAACAUCACCAAUUACCAUUACAAGCUCACAAUCCACUAGCACCAGGGAGCAACCCACCGGUUUUACAACAACUACUACAUGCACAACUGAAACACCAGAAACUACUGAAUCACACUCAACCACAUCCACAACAACAAUGAUCCCUUCAACCACAACCACAACCAUGACACCAUCUCCAUCCACCUCAACAUCAACCACAAGCCCACCUUCACCAGCAUCCACAACAACAGGCAGGCCUCCAGCUUCAUCCUCCACCACAUCUAUAACUAGCACCGUAUCUACAAGCCAUACAGCAACAACAACUCCAACCUCAAGCACAACACCAACUUUAACCACGUCUCCAACCAUCAUUACAAGCUCACAAUCCCUGAGCACUGAGGAAAUACCCACCGGUUCUACAACAACUACUACCAGCACAUCUGAAACAGCAGAAACUACUGAAUCACAUUCAACCACAAAGAUCCCUUCAACCACCGCCAAAACAGUGACACCAUCUCCAUCCACCUUAACUUCAACCACAAGCCCACCUUCAACAGCAUCGAUACCAACAGGCAGGACUCCAGCUUCAUCCUCCACCACAUCUAUAACUAGCACUGUAUCUUCAAGCCAUAGAACAACCACAACUCCAACCACAAGCACAACAACAACUUUAGCCACAUCACCAACCAUCAUAACAAGCUCACAAUCCACUAUCACGGGACAGCAACCCAUCGGUUCUACAACAACUACUACCAGCACAACUGAAACAGCAGAAACUACUGAAUCAUAUUCAACCACAUCCACAAACAUGACACAAUCUCCAUCCACCUCAACAUCAACCGCAAGCCCCCCUUCAACAACAUCCACAACAACAGGCAGGCCUCCAGCUUCAUCCUCUACCACAUCUAUAACUAGCACCUCACAUUCAAGCCUUACAUCGACCUUACCUACAACCCCAGCAAUCAAAAUAACCCCGACAACCUCAACACCAACUCCAACAAUUACCACAACAUCAUAUUCCACAACAUCAACAAUCCCUCCAAUUUCCGGCACAACUACAACAGCAACCUCAACGCCAUCUCCAACUCCUCCCACAUCAAGACCAACACCACAUUCAACCACAUCGCCAACCACCAUUACAAGCUCACAAUCCACUAGCACCGGGGAAAUACCCACCGGUUCUACAAGAACUACUACCUGCACAACCGAAACAGCAGAAACUAUUGAAUCGCAUUCAACAACAUCCACAACCAUGACACCAUCUCCAUCCACCUCAACAUCAACCACAAGCCCACCUUCAACAGCAUCCACAACAACAGGCAGGCCUCCAGCUUCAUCCUCCACCACAUCUAUAACUAGCACUGUAUCUUCAAGCCAUACAACAACCACAACUCCAACAUCAAGCACAAAAUCAACUUUAGCUACAUCACCAGCCACUAUUACAAGCUCACAAUCCGCUAGCACGGGAGAGCAACCCACCGGUUCUACAAUAACAACUACUUGCACAACUGAAACAGCAGAAACAACUGAAUCAUAUUCAACAACCUCCACAACCACAAGGAUCUCUUCAACCAUCACCACAAUCAUGGUACCAUCUCCAUCCCCCUCAACAUCAACCACAAGCCCACCUUCAACAGCAUCCACAACAACAGGCGGGCCUCAAUCUUCAUCCUCCACCACAUCGAUAACAAGCACUGUAUCUUCAAGCCAUACAACAAUCACAACUCCAAGCACAAGCACAACACCAACUUCAACCACAUCAACUACUACCGGCACAACCGAAACAGCAGAAACUACUGAAUCACAUUCAACCACAAUGACUCCUUCAACCAUCACCACAACCAUGACACCAUCUCCAUCCACCUCAACAACAACCACAAGCCCACCUUCACCAGCAUCCACAACAACAGGCAGGCCUCCAGCUUCAUCCUCCACCACAUCUAUAACUAGCACCGUAUCUACAAGCCAUACAACAACAACAACUCCAAACUCAAGCACAACACCAACUUUAACCACAUCGCCAACCACCAUUACAAGCUCACAAUCCCUGAGCUCUGAGGAGAUACCCACCGGUUCUACAACAACUACUACCAGCACAUCUGAAACAGCAGAAACUACUGAAUCACAUUCAACCACAAAGAUCCCUUCAAACACAGCCAAAACAGUGACACCAUCUCCAUCCACCUUAACUUCAACCACAAGCCCACCUUCAACAGCAUCGAUACCAACAAGCAGGACUCCAGCUUCAUCCUCCACCACAUCUAUAACUAGCACUGUAUCUUCAAGCCGUAGAACAACCACAACUCCAACCACAAGCACAAAACAAACUUCAACCACAUCGCCAACCCCCAUUAUAAGCUCACAAUCCGCUAGUACCGGAGAAAUACCCACCGGUUCUACAACAACUACUACCAGCACAACUAAAACUACAGAAACUACUGAAUCACAUUCAACCACGUCCACAACCACAACCAUGACACCAUCUCCACCCUCCUCAACAUCAACCACAAGGCCACCUUCAACAGCAUCCACAACAACAGGCAGACCUCCAGCUUCAUCUUCCACCACAUCUAUAACUAGCACUGUAUCUUCAAGCCAUACAACAACCACAACUCCAACAUCAAGAACAAAACCAACUUUAGCCACAUCACAAACCACCAUUACAAGCUCACAAUCCACUAGCACGGGACAGCAGUCCACUGGUUCUACAAAAACCACUACUUGCACAACUGAAACAGCAGAAACGACUGAAUCACAUUCAACCACAUCCACAACCACAAUGACCCCUUCAACCAUCACCACAACCAUGACACCAUCUCCAUCCACCUCAACAUCAACCACAAGCCCACCUUCAACAACAUCCACAACAACAGGCAGGCCUCAAUCCUCAUCCUCCACCACAUCUAUAACUAGCACUGUAUCUUCAAGACACACAAAAAUCACAACUCCAAGCACAAGCACAACACCAACUUCAACCACAUCGCCAACCACCAUUAUAAGCUCACAAUCCACUAGCACCGGGGAAAUACCCACCGGUUCUACAAGAACUGCUACCAGCACAAGUGAAACAGCAGAAACUAUUGAAUCUCAUUCAACCACAUCCUCAACCACAAUGACCCCUUCAACCAUCACCACAACCAUGACACCAUCUCCAUCCACCUCAACAUCAACCACAAGCCCACCUUCAACAGCAUCCACAACAAGAGGCAGACCUCCAGCUUCAUCUUCCACCACAUCUAUAACUAGCACUGUAUCUUCAAGCCAUGCAACCACAAAUCCAACAGCAAGCACAAAAUCAACUUUAGCCACAUCACCAACCACCAUUACAAGCUCACAAUCCACUAGCACGGGAGAGCAACCCACUGGUUCUACAAAAACCACUACUUGCACAACUGAAACAGCAGAAACGACUGGAUCACAUUCAACCACAUCCACAACCACCGUGACCCAUUCAACCAUCACCACAACCAUGACACCAUCUCCAUCCACCUCAACGUCAACCACAAGCCCACCUUCAACAGCAGCAUCCUCAACAACAGGCAGGCCUCCCUCUUCAUCCUCCACCACAUCUAUAACUAACACAGUAUCUUCAAGCCAUAGAACAACCACAACUCCAACCACAAGCACAAAACAAACUUCAACCACUGCUACCAGCACAACUAAAACAACAGAAACUAUUGAAUCGCAUUCAACCACAUCCACAACCACAAUGACCCCUUCAACCAUCACCACAACCAUGACACCAUCUCCAUCCACCUCGACGUCAACCUCAAGCCCAACUUCAAAAGCAGCAUCCUCAACAACAGGCAGGCCUCCCUCUUCAUCCUCCACCACAUCUAUAACUAGCACUGUAUCUUCAAGCCAUAGAACAACCACAAAUCCAACCACAAGCACAAAACAAACUUCAACAACAUCGCCAACCACCAUUAUAAGCUCACAAUCCGCUAGUACCGUGGAAAUACCCACCGGUUCUACAACAACUACUAUCAGCACAACUAAAACAACAGAAACUAUUGAAUUACAUUCAACCCCGUCCACAACCACAACCAUGACACCAUCUCCACCCUCCUCAACAUCAACCACAAGGCCCCCUUCAACAGCAUCCACAACAACAGGCAGACCUCCAGCUUCAUCUUCCACCACAUCUAUAACUAGCACUGUAUCUUCAAGCCAUAAAACAACCACAACUCCAACAUCAAGAACAAAACCAACUUUAGCCACAUCACAAACCACCAUUACAAGCUCACAAUCCACUAGCACGGGACAGCAGUCCACUGGUUCUACAAAAACCACUACUUGCACAACUGAAACAGCAGAAACGACUGAAUCACAUUCAACCACAUCCACAACUACAAUGACCCCUUCAACCAUCACCACAACCAUGACACCAUCUCCAUCCACCUCAACAUCAACCACAAGCCCACCUUCAACAACAUCCACAACAACAGGCAGGCCUCAAUCCUCAUCCUCCACCACAUCUAUAACUAGCACUGUAUCUUCAAGACACACAAAAAUCACAACUCCAAGCACAAGCACAACACCAACUUCAACCACAUCGCCAACCACCAUUAUAAGCUCACAAUCCACUAGCACCGGGGAAAUACCCACCGGUUCUACAAGAACUGCUACCAGCACAAGUGAAACAGCAGAAACUAUUGAAUCGCAUUCAACCACAUCCUCAACCACAAUGACCCCUUCAACCAUCACCACAACCAUGACACCAUCUCCAUCCACCUCAACAUCAACCACAAGCCCACCUUCAACAGCAUCCACAACAAGAGGCAGACCUCCAGCUUCAUCUUCCACCACAUCUAUAACUAGCACUGUAUCUUCAAGCCAUGCAACCACAAAUCCAACAGCAAGCACAAAAUCAACUUUAGCCACAUCACCAACCACCAUUACAAGCUCACAAUCCACUAGCACGGGAGAGCAACCCACUGGUUCUACAAAAACCACUACUUGCACAACUGAAACAGCAGAAACGACUGGAUCACAUUCAACCACAUCCACAACCACCGUGACCCAUUCAACCAUCACCACAACCAUGACACCAUCUCCAUCCACCUCAACGUCAACCACAAGCCCACCUUCAACAGCAGCAUCCUCAACAACAGGCAGGCCUCCCUCUUCAUCCUCCACCACAUCUAUAACUAACACAGUAUCUUCAAGCCAUAGAACAACCACAACUCCAACCACAAGCACAAAACAAACUUCAACCACAUCGCCAACCCCCAUUAUAAGCUCACAAUCCGCUAGCGCCGGGGAAAUAACUAGCUUUUCUACAACAACUGCUACCAGCACAACUAAAACAACAGAAACUAUUGAAUCGCAUUCAACCACAUCCACAACCACAAUGACCCCUUCAACCAUCACCACAACCAUGACACCAUCUCCAUCCACCUCGACGUCAACCUCAAGCCCAACUUCAAAAGCAGCAUCCUCAACAACAGGCAGGCCUCCCUCUUCAUCCUCCACCACAUCUAUAACUAGCACUGUAUCUUCAAGCCAUAGAACAACCACAAAUCCAACCACAAGCACAAAACAAACUUCAACAACAUCGCCAACCACCAUUAUAAGCUCACAAUCCGCUAGUACCGUGGAAAUACCCACCGGUUCUACAACAACUACUAUCAGCACAACUAAAACAACAGAAACUAUUGAAUUACAUUCAACCCCGUCCACAACCACAACCAUGACACCAUCUCCACCCUCCUCAACAUCAACCACAAGGCCCCCUUCAACAGCAUCCACAACAACAGGCAGACCUCCAGCUUCAUCUUCCACCACAUCUAUAACUAGCACUGUAUCUUCAAGCCAUACAACAACCACAACUCCAACAUCAAGAACAAAACCCACUUUAGCCACAUCACAAACCACCAUUACAAGCUCACAAUCCACUAGCACGGGAGAGCAAGCCACUGGUACUACAAAAACCACUACUUCCACAACUGAAACAGCAGAAACGACUGAAUCACAUUCAACCACAUCCACAACCACAAUGACCCCUUCAACCAUCACCACAACCAUGACACCAUCUCCAUCCACCUCAACAUCAACCACAAGGCCCCCUUCAACAGCAUCCACAACAACAGGCAGACCUCCAGCUUCAUCUUCCACCACAUCUAUAACUAGCACUGUAUCAUCAACCCAUACAACAACCACAACUCUAACCACAUCGCCAACCACCAUUACAAGCUCACAAUCCACUAGCACUGGAGAAAUACCCAGCGGUUCUACAACAACUGCUACCAGCACAACUAAAACAACAGAAACUACUGAAUCACAUUCAACCACAUCCACAACCAUGACACCAUCUCCAUCCACCUCAACAUCAACCACAAGGCCACCUUCAACAGCAUCCACAACAACAGGCAGACCUCCAGCUUCAUCUUUCACCACAUCUAUAACUAGCACUGUAUCUUCAAGCCAUACAACAACCACAACUCCAACAUCAAGAACAAAACCAACUUUAGCCACAUCACCAACCACCAUUACAAGCUCACAAUCCACAAGCACGGGAGAGCAGCCCACUGGUUCUACAAAAACCACUACUUGCACAACUGAAACAGCAGAAACGACUGAAUCACAUUCAACCACAUCCACAACCACAGUGACCCCUUCAACCAUCACCUCAACUAUCACCACAACCAUGACACCAUCUUCAUCCACAUCAACAAUGACCCCUUCAACCAUCACCACAACCAUGACACCAUCUACAUCCACCUCAACAUCAACCACAAGCCCCCCUUCAACAGCAGCAACCACAACUCCAACCACAAGCACAAAACAAACUUCAACCACAUCGCCAACCCCCAUUAUAAGCUCACAAUCCGGUAGCACCGGGGAAAUAACUAGCGGUUCUACAACAACUGCUACCAGCACAACUAAAACAACAGAAACUAUUGAAUCGCAUUCAACCACAUCCACAACCACAAUGACCCCUUCAACCAUCACCACAACCAUGACACCAUCUCCAUCCACCUCAACAUCAACCACAACAACCUCAACGCCAUCUCCAACUCCUCCCACAUCAACACCAACACCACAUUCAACCACAUCCCCAUCCAUCAUUACAAGCUCACAAUCCACUAGCACCGGGCAAUUACCCAUCGGUUCUACAACAACUGCUACCAUCACAAGUGAAACAGCAGAAAUUUCUGAAUCAUAUUCAACCACAUCCAUAACCACAACCAUGACACCAUCUCCACCCUCCUCAACAUCAACCACAAGCCCACUUUCAACAGCAUCCACAAUAACAGGCAGACCUCCAGCUUCAUCUUCCACCACAUCUAUAACUAGCACUGUAUCUUCAAGCCAUGCAACAACCACAACUCUAACCACAUCGCCAACCCCCAUUACAAGCUCACAAUCCGCUAGCACCAGGGAAAUAUCCAACGGUUCUACAACAACUGCUACCAGCACAAGUGAAACAGCAGGAACUAUUGAAUCGUAUUCAAACACAUCCACAACCACAAUGAUCCCUUCAACCAUCACCACAACCAUGACACCAUCUCCAUCCACCUCAACAUCAACCACAAGCCCACCUUCAAAAGCAGCAUCCUCAACAACAGGCAGGCCUCCCUCUUCAACCUCCACCACAUCUAUAACUAGCACUGUAUCUUCAAGCCAUAGUACAACCACAACUCCAACCACAAGCACAAAACAAAUUUCAACCACAUCGCCAACCACCGUUAUUAGCUCACAAUCCGCCAGCACCGGCGAAAUACCCAUCGGUUCUACAACAACUACUACCAGCACAAAUAAAACUACAGAAACUACUGAAUCACAUUCAACCACGUCCACAACCACAACCAUGACACCAUCUCCACCCUCCUCAACAUCAACCACAAGGCCCCCUUCAACAGCAUCCACAACAACAGGCAGACCUCCAGCUUCAUCUUCCACCACAUCUAUAACUAGCACUGUAUCUUCAAGCCAUACAACAACCACAACUCCAACAUCAAGAACAAAACCAACUUUAGCCACAUCACCAACCACCAUUACAAGCUCACAAUCCACAAGCACGGGAGAGCAGCCCACUGGUUCUACAAAAACCACUACUUGCACAACUGAAACAGCAGAAACGACUGAAUCACAUUCAACCACAUCCACAACCACAAUGAUCCCUUCAACCAUCACCAUAACCAUGACACCAUCUCCAUCCACCUCAACAUCAACCACAAGCCCACCUUCAACAACAUCCACAACAACAGGCCGGCCUCAAUCUUCAUCCUCAACCACAUCUAUAACUAGCACUGUAUCUUCAAGACACACAAAAAUCACAACUCCAAGCACAACACCAACUUCAACCACAUCGCCAAACACCAUUAUAAGCUCACAAUCCACUAGCAAUGGGGAAAUACCCACCGGUUCUACAAGAACUGCUACCAGCACAAGUGAAACAGCAGAAACUAUUGAAUCGCAUUCAACCACAUCCUCAACCACAAUGACCCCUUCAACCAUCACCACAACCAUGACACCAUCUCCAUCCACCUCAACAUCAACCACAAGCCCACCUUCAACAGCAUCCACAACAACAGGCAGACCACCAGCUUCAUUUUCCACCACAUCUAUAACUAGCACUGUAUCUUCAAGCCAUACAACAACCACAACUCUAACCACAUCGCCAACCACCAUUACAAGCUCACAAUCCACUAGCACUGGAGAAAUACCCAGCGGUUCUACAACAACUAAGACCAGCACAACUAAAACAACAGAAACUACUGAAUCACAUUCAACCACGUCCACAACCACAACCAUGACACCAUCUCCAUCCACCUCAACAUCAACAACAAGGCCACCUUCAACAGCAUCCACAACAACAGGCAGACCUCCAGCUUCAUCUUUCACCACAUCUAUAACUAGCACUGUAUCUUCAAGCCAUACAACAACCACAACUCCAACAUCAAGAACAAAACCAACUUUAGCCACAUCACCAACCACCAUUACAAGCUCACAAUCCACAAGCAUGGGAGAGCAGCCCACUGGUUCUACAAAAACCACUACUUGCACAACUGAAACAGCAGAAACGACUGAAUCACAUUCAACCACAUCCACAACCACAGUGACCCCUUCAACCAUCACCUCAACUAUCACCACAACCAUGACACCAUCUUCAUCCACAUCAACAUCAACCACAAGCCCACCUUCAACAGCAUCUGCAAUAACAGGCAGACCACCAGCUUCAUUUUCCACCACAUCUAUAACUAGCACUGUAUCUUCAAGCCAUGCAACAACCACAACUCUAACCACAUCGCCAACCCCCAUUACAAGCUCACAAUCUGCUAGCACCGGGGAAAUUCCCAGCGGCUCUACAACAACUGCUACCAGCACAAGUGCAACAGCAGAAACUAUUGAAUCGCAUUCAACCACAUCCACAACCACAAAGAUCCCUUCAACCAUCACCACAACCAUGACACCAUCUACAUCCACCUCAACAUCAACCACAAGCCCCCCUUCAACAGCAGCAUCCUCAACAACAGGCAGGCCUCCCUCUUCAUCCUCCACCACAUCUAUAACUAGCACUGUAUCAUCAACCCAUAGAACAACCACAACUCCAACCACAAGCACAAAACAAACUUCAACCACAUCGCCAACCCCCAUUAUAAGCUCACAAUCCGGUAGCACCGGGGAAAUAACUAGCGGUUCUACAACAACUGCUACCAGCACAACUAAAACAACAGAAACUAUUGAAUCGCAUUCAACCACAUCCACAACCACAAUGACCCCUUCAACCAUCACCACAACCAUGACACCAUCUCCAUCCACCUCAACAUCAACCACAAGCCCAUCUUCAACAGCAUCCACAACAACAGGAACUAUUGAAUCGUAUUCAAACACAUCCACAACCACAAUGAUCCCUUCAACCAUCACCACAACCAUGACACCAUCUCCAUCCACCUCAACAUCAACCACAAGCCCACCUUCAACAGCAGCAUCCUCAACAACAGGCAGGCCUCCCUCUUCAACCUCCACCACAUCUAUAACUAGCACUGUAUCUUCAAGCCAUAGUACAACCACAACUCCAACCACAAGCACAAAACAAAUUUCAACCACAUCGCCAACCAACGUUAUUAGCUCACAAUCCGCCAGCACCGGCGAAAUACCCAUCGGUUCUGCAACAACUACUACCAGCACAAAUAAAACUACAGAAACUACUGAAUCACAUUCAACCACGUCCACAACCACAACCAUGACACCAUCUCCACCCUCCUCAACAUCAACCACAAGGCCCCCUUCAACAGCAUCCACAACAACAGGCAGACCUCCAGCUUCAUCUUCCACCACAUCUAUAACUAGCACUGUAUCUUCAAGCCAUACAACAACCACAGCUCCAACAUCAAGAACAAAACCAACUUUAGCCACAUCACCAACAACCAUUACAAGCUCACAAUCCACUAGCAUGGGAGAGCAGCCCACUGGUUCUACAAAAACCACUACUUGCACAACUGAAACAGCAGAAACGACUGAAUCACAUUCAACCACAUCCACAACCACAAUGAUCCCUUCAACCAUCACCACAACCAUGACACCAUCUCCAUCCACCUCAACAUCAACCACAAGCCCACCUUCAACAACAUCCACAACAACAGGCCUGCCUCAAUCUUCAUCCUCAACCACAUCUAUAACUAGCACUGUAUCUUCAAGACACACAAAAAUCACAACUCCAAGCACAAGCACAACACCAACUUCAACCACAUCGCCAAACACCAUUAUAAGCUCACAAUCCACUAGCAAUGGGGAAAUACCCACCGGUUCUACAAGAACUGCUACCAGCACAAGUGAAACAGCAGAAACUAUUGAAUCGCAUUCAACCACAUCCUCAACCACAAUGACCCCUUCAACCAUCACCACAACCAUGACACCAUCUCCAUCCACCUCAACAUCAACCACAAGCCCACCUUCAACAGCAUCCACAACAACAGAAACGACUGAAUCACAUUCAACCACAUCCACAACCACAGUGACCCCUUCAACCAUCACCUCAACUAUCACCACAACCAUGACACCAUCUUCAUCCACAUCAACAUCAACCACAAGCCCACCUUCAACAGCAUCUGCAAUAACAGGCAGACCACCAGCUUCAUUUUCCACCACAUCUAUAACUAGCACUGUAUCUUCAAGCCAUGCAACAACCACAACUCUAACCACAUCGCCAACCCCCAUUACAAGCUCACAAUCUGCUAGCACCGGGGAAAUUCCCAGCGGCUCUACAACAACUGCUACCAGCACAAGUGCAACAGCAGAAACUAUUGAAUCGCAUUCAACCACAUCCACAACCACAAAGAUCCCUUCAACCAUCACCACAACCAUGACACCAUCUCCAUCCACCUCAACAUCAACCACAAGCCCACCUUCAAUAGCAUCCACAACAACAGGCAGACCUCCAGCUUCAUCUUCCACCACAUCUAUAACUAGCACUGUAUCUUCAAGCCAUGCAACAACCACUACUCCAACAUCAAGCAAAAAACCAACUUUAGCCACAUCACCAACCACCAUUACAAGCUCACAAUCCACUAGCACGGGAGAGCAAGCCACUGGUUCUACAAAAACCACUACUUGCACAACUGAAACAGCAGAAACGACUGAAUCACAUUCAACCACAUACACAACCACAAUGACCCCUUCAACCAUCACCACAACCAUGACACCAUCUCCAUCCACCUCAACGUCAACCACAAGCCCACCUUCAACAGCAGCAUCCUCAACAACAGGCAGGCCUCCCUCUUCAUCCUCCACCACAUCUAUAACUAGCACUGUAUCUUCAACCCAUAGAACAACCACAACUCCAACCACAGGCACAAAACAAAUUUCAACCGCAUCGCCAACCACCAUUAUAAGCUCACAAUCCGCUAGCACCGGUGAAAUACCCAUCGGUUCUACAACAACUACUACCAGCACAACUAAAACAACAGAAACUACUGAAUCACAUUCAACCACGUCCACAACCACAACCAUGACACCAUCUCCAUCCACCUCAACAUCAACCACAAGUCCCCCUUCAACAGCAUCCACAACAACAGGCAGACCUCCAGCUUCAUCUUCCACCACAUCUAUAACUAGCACUGUAUCUUCAAGCCAUACAACAACCACAACUCCAACAUCAAGAACAAAACCAACUUUAGCCACAUCACCAACAACCAUUACAAGCUCACAAUCCACUAGCAUGGGAGAGCAGCCCACUGGUUCUACAAAAACCACUACUUGCACAACUGAAACAGCAGAAACUACUGAAUCACAUUCAACCACAUCCACAACCACAAUGACCCCUUCAACCAUCACCACAACCAUGACACCAUCUCCAUCCACCUCAACAUCAACCACAACAGAAACUACUGCAUCACUUUCAAUCACGUCCACAACCACAACCAGGACACCAUCUUCUUCCCCCUCAACAUCAACCACAAGCCCACCUUCAACAGCAUCCACAACAACAGGCAGGCCUCCAGCUUCAUCCUCCACCACAUCUAUAACUAGCACUGUAUCUUCAAGCCAUACAACAACCACAACUCCAACCACAAGCACAAAACAAACUUCAACCACAUCGCCAAUCACCAUUACAAGCUCUCAAUCCACUAGUACCGGGGAAAUACCCACCGGUUCUACAACUACUACCAGCACAACUGAAACAGCAGAAACUACUGAAUCACAUUCAACCUCCUCCACAACCACAGGAAUCCCUCAAACUUCAAGCGCAACAAUUACUGCUACAGCAUCUCCCACCACUGCAACGUCAACCCCAACUCCAUUAUCUAUUACAUCCACAAGCAGAACCAUUCCUCAAACCACUACCACCAUGAGUAUUCCCACUUCUGGGAGAUUCACCGGAAAUUACUCUUCAACUACUGCCACCAAAUGGACUACAACUACUGCAGUCACUGUUCUUGGCACCCGAACUGCAUCAACGAGCACUGUCUAUGUGAGCACGAUCAAGAUGCCUUCAACUUUUUCUCAACCAACAUCUCCUGCUUCUCCCGUUCAUUCUACUGUUUCUCCCACCACAAGCUAUUCAUCUUCUGCUACAAAAUGUUUCUGCACUGUGAAUGGAACACUAUAUUCCCAAGGUGAAAAUAUAUAUAACUACACUGAUGGAACUGGAUUUUGCAUCGUUGCACACUGCAAUGCCACAUGUAAUGUUGAAAAAUCUAUCACGCCUUGUGAAAUCAUUGUGGUUAAUACUACAAAUCCACCUGCAAAAAAUGCCACAACUACAAUUGAAACUCCCACAAAACCAGAAGGAUGUACAAAAUUAGAUCCUCCAAGAGAGUAUCAGGAGACAUGGCUGCUCUGUGAAUGUUUGGAGGCAAGAUGUAUACAGCAGAAUAUUGUUUCUAUAACACCUGUGGUGUGUCCCACUGUUGAACCUAUUAAAUGUGCCAAUGGCCAUCAACCUGUCAAAGUGUACGAUAAAAAUGGUUGUUGCUACCAUUAUGAGUGUGAUUGCUAUUGCAACGGAUGGGGAGGUUCACAUUUUAUUACGUUUGAUGGACAAUAUUACACCUAUGAAGGAAAUUGCACCUACAUCCUUGUGGAAGAUACAACUGCGUCACAAAACAAUUUUAGUGUUUACAUUGACAACUAUCACUGUGGUGCACAAGACAGAGUGUCUUGCCCACUUGCUAUUAUAGUGAAAUAUAAAACACUGGACAUACAAAUCACAAAUAUUAUUACAACUGGAAUCCAGCAUCAGGUAACUGUUGAUGGCAACAAUGUGUCACUACCCUAUUCGAGAAGUGACGUAAAGAUCUCCAGCUCAGGCAUUGACGUGAUACUUGCAAUUCCUGAUAUAAAGGCACGAGUUACCUUCAACGGUUUAGCUUUCACAAUCAAACUUCCAAGUGAAAUAUUUGGAAAUAAUACACAGGGGCUGUGUGGAACCUGUAAUAAUGUUCAGAGUGAUGACUGUAUGCUGCCCAAUGGAAAGCCUGCAUCCUCCUGUUUUGAAAUGGCUGAUUAUUGGCAAGUCAAGGAUUCCAACAAGCCGAACUGCAAUGGACCAUCCUCACUAUCUACCCCAAGCCUGCAAGUCACACUCAGCCCCCAAACAACACAAAAGCCUUGUACUUCUAACUCUUUGUGCAAUCUUCUUACAAGUGGAUUAUUUGCAGAAUGCCGCAAUCAUGUUUUACCAGACCAGUACUAUCAAGCAUGCGUGCGUGACGAAUGUCAAAUACCAAGUACCUCCAUAACGUGUGCAAGUUUGCAAACCUAUGCAACUAUGUGCAUGUCGCAUGGCAUCUGCAUUGACUGGAGAAAUUACACAAAUGGAGAAUGCUCUAUUAAUUGUCCUUUAAACAAAGUUUACAAAGCAUGUGAAAUCCUUAAAGAGGAGCCUACUUGCAGCUCAAGCAAUUCAGAUUUGACUGGUUAUAACGUAAGAGAAGGAUGCUUCUGCCCAGCGGGUACCAUUCGUUUCAGCCCUGACACUGACCUAUGUGUUAAUAAAUGUGGAUGUAUUGGACCUGAUGGCUUACCUAAAGAGUUUGGUGAAAGAUUUAAGUUCAACUGCCAGGACUGCAUCUGUGACGACAUCACACAUAGUAUCAUCUGUCAACCACACAAGUGUCCUGUUUAUCCCACAAUACCCUGCAAAGAAGGGUUUACCAGUGUUAAUAUAACAGGCUCAGAUGAUUGUUGUACAAAAACUGUGUGCAGGCCAUUGGGCGUUUGUGUAAACGAAGGGACAGAAUACUAUCCUGGAGCAGUUAUUCCUCGCUUGCCCUGUGAAAGCUGCACUUGCUCCAACGAGACUGAUGCAAAAACUCAGCUACACAUCAUUAAAUGUGAAAAUAUUGAAUGCAACAAGGAGUGUGAACAAGGAUUUGAGUACAAGAAGGUGGUCGGAAAAUGUUGUGGUAAAUGUGUCCAGACAAGAUGUGUGAUACAUCUGGGAGGCCAAUCCAUUCAACUACUAUUGCCUGGGAAAACAUGGCCUUCACCUUAUAACAACUGUACAGUUUAUGGAUGCAUGCAAAUUAAUGACAGCUUAAUAUCUACCAGUUCCAAGCAUGUUUGUCCUGAUUUUCAUCCAGAAGACUGUGAACCAGAUACAAUUACUACAACUGAUGAUGGCUGUUGUAAGACAUGCCAAGAAAGACAAAGUUGUAAGCGAACACAAACCAUGGUCCAGAUAACGCAUGAUGGAUGUAAAUCGGUGGAAAAAGUAGAAAUUGCAGCAUGUGAAGGAAUGUGUGGUACUUACUCUAUGUAUUCUUCAGAAGUAAAUUCAAUGGAUCACAAAUGUAAUUGUUGCCAAGAAAUGAAGAGCCACCAAAGAGAAACAGUUUUGACUUGCCCUGAUGGAAGCACUGUUCCUUACUCAUACAUCUACGUGGAUGCAUGCAACUGCAUAGAAAAUCACUGUGAGGAACCAACCAACUCACCUUUUAACAGUACGUUCCACAAAGCAUCUCGAGCAAAACGCAGUCCAGACAGGAGUAGUGAGUCUAGAGACAAUCACAGUUUGAUCAGUUCAGAAAGAGAGACAGACCUCACAAGCUUUAACAGAGAGAAGGAAUCCGCUGAAAGUAAAGGGGAAGGAAACCUAGAAAUUAAUCUUCAAACAAAUCGACCUAAGGAAAGAAAGCACAGUAGACGAGCAAAUGCUAGGAAGCAUAUAAGGCACAUAUAAAGCAAAAUAAAUCAAAGAUGUUAGCAAAUCUAAUUCAUUCUAUUCGUUUCUCAGUUGCAAAGCUUACAUGCUGUUGUUUAUUAAUUUGUAAUUUUAUUAGCAUUACUUUCUAAUUA